AUGUCUGCCGUAGUGUGCGGCAAGAGGUCCUCCAUCUUCGCCGACGAGCUCAUCCCUUCCUCUCCGCCUUCCCCUCCCCACCACCACCCUUCCAAGCGGGCCCGCUGCUCCCCGGCCCGCGCCUUCGACGACGCCGCCGCGGCCCACCGGCGGGAGGCGCUGCUCCACCACCUUCGCUCCCUCUUCCCUCACAUGGAUCCCCAGUUGCUUGAAAGAGCUCUUGAAGCAUCUGGAGAUGAUUUGGAUUUUGCAAUAAGGAGUUUGAAUGACCUGCGCCUGGAGUCAGCUGAGGCUAUCUUUUCAGCUGCUGUUGGUGAACCUGAGAAUGGCCUGUCAACAGCCCUUAAGUUAACGGCUGAAGGUAUGGUGAUUGAAUUUACAUUAGAAGGUAAUGGCCAAUUGGAUGCUAUUAGUGGAAAUCCACCUGCGACAGAUAAUUGUCAGACAAAUCACCAUAGCUCUGAAUGGGUUGAGCUAUUUGUUAGAGAGAUGAUGAGCGCCUCUGACAUAAAUGAUGCACGGGCUCGUGCAUCAAGAGCUUUGGAGGUUAUUGAAAAGUCCAUCAUGGAGCGGACAGGAGCCGAGGCAGUGCAAAACUUGCACAAGGAAAAUACGAUGCUAAAGGAGCAAUUAGCAAUAGCUCUUCGAGAGAAUGCUGUUCUGAAGCGGGGGGUUGCAAUCCAACAUGAGCGCCAAAAAGAGUUUGAUGAUAAGACACAGGAGGUUCACAACCUAAAGCAAUUGAUUUUGCAGUAUCAGGAACAACUAAAGACUCUCGAGAUCAAUAAUUAUGCACUUAGGAUGCAUCUACAGCAGGCUCAGCAGAACAGUUCAAUGCCCGGGCGUUUCCACCCUGAUGUUUGCUGA